UAAAGUCCAGGACUAAUGGACUUCUGUUUAACUUCUGAGUUCCUCCAUCGCCUCGCAGCCUGUCGCCUGUCAAUCAAACUGAGUCAUGUGACCCCAGGAGGAGGGAGAUCAGGCCUCUUAAGAGCAGCAGCCACAGGACCAGCAGCUCAGAUCCAGAGCCAGCACCAGGACCAGCAGAAGACCUCCAGACCAGAACCCAGUAUGCAUCCUACACGUUGUCCUGUCAUCCUGGCCCUCGCAGCCCUGGCUCUGUGCAGUCUGGGAGUCUCCUCUCAGGCUGACAGAGAGCAGGACCAGUACCAGGACCAGGACCUGGACCUGGAGCUGCGUCACCACCGGUUGCUGCAGCAAGCCCGCAGCGCUGGUCUCCUGUCGCAGGAGUGGAGCAAACGUGCGGUGGAGGACCUGCUGGCUCAGAUGUCCAGGCCAGAGGUGGUCUCCAUACAAACAGAGGGGAGGAUGAACCUGGAGCGGUCCGUGGACCCCCCAAACAACAACAAYGCACAACGUGAGCGCAAAGCCGGCUGCAAGAACUUCUACUGGAAAGGCUUCACCAACUGUURAAGCCUGAUCAGCUGAACCAACCAAUCACCUGGAUGAGUGUGUGGACGGACCAAUCAGCACCUGAAUAAUUAAUGUAAUUAAACAAUAAAGAGAAAAUCAAUCAGAA